AUGGCUAUAAGUUUGGAAACCGCCAAAAUGCAAUACGAGGUAAGCCCAGGAAAAUAACGCGUUCUAACUAUGAUAUUCAGUUUGCCGUUGCGGCAAUGAACCAAACAAAGGAUGAAUUUAUAGAUCUGAUGCGACUUAUUUCCGAGGUUAGUCAAUUUGCACCGGAACUUGUUUAAAAAUCAGCAGAAUUCAGGUGAACGUAACUCGCGCUGAACGAGAUAUGGUUGGCGACAGUGCUAUGGAACUUGCUCCAAUGCUGGACAUGCUAAAAGCUCUGGAACCAAAUGACGUUGUCACUCACCUGGUACGAUUUUCACUGCUUUGUGUUGUCUUUUGUGUGCUAGUGUUGUCUUAAAAACUAGAUUUUAUUGCCGUUGCUCAUUUCAGAUCGGCGCUCGACUCAACGUUCUGUUUCGCUUGGAACUCUUGCAAAGAAUCGAGCUCUACCGCAUAUUGGUUGCCAGAUACGUGCGGCGUGUUCCAGCCUGGUGA